AUGGCCGAAGAAAGGAAGGCCUCGCUCAAGAAAAAGAAGGUGAAGAUCACCGCCAAUGCGGAGGAGACCAAGAUGUUGACCUUAAAUGUGGACUCUUUGGAUGCCGACACAAUAAUCAUCGUGCAAUCCGUUCGCCACCAGAUGUUGCAGAAAGAUCAGUUGGCGGCGUCGGACGCCGAGGACGCGGAGGCUGCCUACACGGCGGCGACAACACCUUGA